UAUAUGGCAAUACUGUGCGCCGGGGUUGGUCGAAGAAUCAGAAGGGUUCGGUUUUUCGGUUGGGACGGAUAGCUGUCAUCCAGCUUGGUCUGUUAGAUCUUCCUGAACAAAGAAUCUAGUCAUGAGGAGUGUACUUUCCAGUGCUUCAGAAGCACUAGUGCUGCUGAUUCGUUGUCUCGUUAGCACAUACACUUUCAUUACGUUGCCAUUGUACUAUGUCAUCCAGAAACCAUGGAGAGUCAAAGCAAAUUACAGCACACUUAGGGCUAGACCAUUGAACCAUGGAGAAGAGGACUUUGUGGUCUACAGAAGUGUCACUAAAAUUAGUGAUGUCCACGCCAAGUUUAUCCAGGACAAACUGGAUACUAUGGAGAAAGUGUUUUGCUCCGCUGUCAGUCAACACAAGAACAAACCUGCCCUUGGAACAAGAGUCAUCCUUUCUGAGGAAGAUGAAAUACAACCUGAUGGAAAAAUAUUCAAAAAAUUCCUUUUGGGUGGUUUUCAAUGGAGGACCUACACCCAGAUGAAUGAUGAAGCAGAAAACUUUGGGCGUGGGUUGAGGGAGCUGGGUUUGAAACCAUUUGAAAAUGUUGUCAUAUUUGCCGAGACCAGAGCUGAAUGGCUCAUAUCUGCCAAUGGAUGCAUGAAACAAAACAUGCCGAUUGUCACCCUCUAUGCUUCUCUUGGGGAUGAUGCACUCAUUCAUGGAAUCAAUGAAACAGAUGUUUCCUGUGUUGUCACUUCCCAGCAACUUUUGGAGAAAUUCAAAAACAUCCUUCCAAGCACAAAAAACGUCAACUUACUGAUUGUGAUGGAAGACCCACUCAAACCUUUAGAAUUGGAAGGUUAUGGCGAUGCAGUUAGAGUCCGUUCUUACCAGGAAGUGAUUCGACGUGGCAGUGAAGCGAGCAAAUCUGGAAAGUUCUCUGGCGUUUUGCACUCACCCAAACCCGGUGACACGGCGAUCAUCAUGUACACGAGCGGUUCAACUGGAGCGCCAAAGGGAGUCAUCAUGAGCCAUCAGAAUAUCGUCAACGCUAUGCUGAGUUACACUGAUGUCGGGCCUUUGUACAAAAAUGACGUUUACAUGGCGUUCCUCCCGUUAGCUCACGUCCUAGAAUUUAUUUCAGAAAGUUUAUGGAUGCUGUUUGGAAUUCCAAUCGGAUAUUCGACUCCGCUGACAAUGACGGACGAGUCUAGUAAAAUUCAACGCGGCUGUCAAGGUGACGCAUCUGUUCUUCGACCCACGAUCAUCGCUUGCGUCCCGCUCGUUCUCGAUCGCAUCCAGAAGAAAAUUAAAGAGAAAAUCGAAGGUGGCCCUGCCUACAAAAAGGCAAUCUUCAAUUUGGCAAUGGAGUACAAGAAUGAAUGGAUUGAUCACGGAUACGACACUCCCAUUCUUAAUUCGACCCUGUUCAAGCCGAUUCGAGCAUUCCUUGGCGGUCGCAUCAGGUUCGUCUUGUCCGGCGGAGCUCCUCUGGCACCCGAAACGCACAAAUUCAUGAAAACUACGCUAUGUUGUCCCGUCUUGCAAGGGUACGGAUUGACGGAAACCUGCGCUGCAACGACCUUGAUGGAUUUUGAUGACAACUCGUGGGGUACGACUGGAGGGCCUCUCACUUGUUGUGAUAUCAAGUUAGUCUCUUGGGUGGAAGGAGAUUACCGCGUCAACGAUUGGCCCAACCCACGUGGAGAAAUUCACAUCGGAGGAUCGAAUGUUGCUGUCGGCUAUUUUAAACAGCCCGAAAAGACGAGCAAAGCAUUUUACGAAGAAAACGGAAGACGUUGGUUCCGUACCGGUGACAUUGGCGAAUUUACUCAAGAAGGAUUUCUGAAAGUAAUCGACCGCCAAAAAGAUCUAGUCAAACUGCAGCACGGUGAAUACGUUUCGCUGGGCAAAGUCGAGUCUGAAUUGAAGAUAAACUCGUUGGUGGAUAAUAUUUGUAUUUACGCAGACCCGACUAAAAUGUUCCCCGUAGCAUUGUUGGUACCCAAUUUCGAUCAGUUGAAGAAUCUGGCUGAAAAAAGUGGUAUUGAACUGGCCACCAUUGAAGAUGUUUGCAAUCAUCCACGAAGACAGCAAAUGGAACAGCUGGUACUCAAAGAACUCCAGAAACACGCAGUAAAAUGUCGACUUCAAAAGUUUGAAGUCCCACAAGCUCUCACGCUUCUUUCUGAUAUUUGGACACCAGAUUCGGGUCUUGUGACAGCUGCUUUCAAACUGAAGCGGAAAAAUAUUCAAGACCACUAUCAGUUCCUGAUCAAUCGGAUGUAUUCCUAGAUACCAGUCACACUCCUUAAGAAUUGCCAUCAUUCCUAAUGCAAAUUUUGCUCUCAAAAUUAAUUGCAGUACUUAAUGCACUAACUUAAUUCCCAUUUAAUUGCUCCAUUUUUUAUUUAUUAAUUUUUUUUUGCUGCUUUAAAAAAUUGAUAUUUAUUAUUUAAUAUUCAGGACAAGGAAUAAAUGUUUCGAAACCCGG